UGCAACAACUUGUUGGUACUCAGCAUAAUCCUUGGCUAUAAAACGCAGUCAAUCCCUUCAACUUCAAUACAAAACACAUCUCAUUCAAAUUCUCAUCACACAAUGGCUUGCAAACCUUCUUCUUUCCUUGCACUUCUUCUCAUCGCCACUAUCCUUCUUGCCACUACAUGGCAAGCGGUCGCUAGACGCCACAUUAUUCCAAAACACUCAAACAAAGGGGACAAGAAAGAGCCUCAAUUUUUGUUCCCUCCGGAAGGUAAUUUCCAUUUUCCUGGCUUUGGGGGAGUAGGGCUGCCACCUUUCUUUGGGUUUACACCUCAAAGCCCAAACACUGGUGGUAGUGGACUAGGGUCAGGACCACUAGGUCGUGGUUAUGUUCCAGGUGGUGAUGACACCUUUGUCCCAAACCCUGGUUUUGAGUUUCCAAACCCUGGCAGUGGUGGUGGAGUUCCAGUUAAUCCGUGAGUCCUCCCAGUUAUGAGCUAUCAUGCAUUAUGCAUGAUUGCACCUUUUGACAAAUUGUAGUACUAGUCUCCUGUUUUUGGUACUCGUGAAUAAGUAGUUCUCUGUGUGUACUUCAUCUGCUAUUCGUAUGCAGAGCCUCUCUGCUCUUUUCUUGUUUGGAAUGAAGUUAAGCAUGCUGUAAUGCUGGUUGUAUUCGUUGGUACUAAUAAGAAAUAAUGUUACUAAAAAGAAUGAUAACAAGUACCCUUAUUAUAAAGAAUUGGUUAAGAAAUUAGAAGAGGAAAGAUUGAAAAAAUGUUACUAAUGUACCUAUAUAUGUAAUUUCCAAGAUAUUAUCAUGAUUUCUAAUUGGUUCCUGAACCAAUACUCCUA